GAAGCCGAAUAAAAGGCGAGCGCGGGAUGAAGGGGACUCUUGAAGCACCGUUUGGAGCAUGGAGGGGAGAGGCAGAGGGAGCGAGAGAUGGAGCGGAGCCAUAACGAAUCUGACGGAGAUGGCUUCCAAUUUGGAGUCUCUCCAGAAGCUUCUCCUCAAGAAAGCUGUUUUCGUGGACGACGAGACUUUCGCUAAAGCCUCCCUCACUGCUGAACAAGCCCGCACCAUCAAGGUUCUUGAACAAAGAGUGGAAACAUUGGAAAGAGAGCUUGAUGCUGCUAUCACUGCUGCUGCUCAUGCUCGUUCUGAGAAACGACAAGCUGAAGCAGCAAAGAAAGCAGCGGAGUUGCGUGCGCAAGAGGUUACAAAGGAGCUUGAGAACACCACAAGGGUAUUUGGGCUGCACAUGGAAGAGCUGCGUGCAAAGCAAGAAGAAAUCUCAAAGCGUGAUAAAGACAUCAAACUUUUAGAAGGUGUAAUCCAAUCACUUGGAGGAAGAGAAUCCCAUUCUGCAUCUGAGUAAAAUCUGUUGUUAUUCUGGAUGGCAUCCAUGUACCUUUUUUGUUCUUUCCUUCGUGUAUAUUGAAUGUAAGAUUGGUACCCUUACAAUGUAAUAAUUUUAGAAACCUUAGAAAUCUUCCUUUUCCCAUAGUUUGCUCCCUCUAGCACACGUUCAUUUAUUCAAGGUAUAAAAAGAGAAAGGUACACGUUUUUAAGCA